AGCAGAUCAGACCGCAGGCAAAACUGAUAACAGCGCCGUCGUGUCUUUUUUUCACUCCUUUUACGCACAAGAACUUCUGUUUUUAAAACUUUAGCAACUUGCCUGAGAAACCUGCAAAUUGUUGGACCGUAGGAACAAAAAAAUAUUUAAUUUACUCCUGUGCGGGCUGCCUUUUACUCAGGAGAAGCUGUUUGCCUUCAUGCGUGACCUUGGUUCUGCCUCUUCUUCAGCUCCUAAUUGGAGACAUCACCGUGCCAUUUCUGCGCUCUGAGGCGGAUAAUGCAGCAGGAACGGCUGCUCAAAGUGUUGGUUAUCGGCGACCUAGGAGUCGGAAAGACGUCCAUCAUAAAGCGCUACGUGCACCAGGUGUUCUCCCAGCACUACCGGGCCACCAUCGGGGUGGACUUCGCCCUCAAAAUGCUCAACUGGGACCAGAAGACGGUGGUGCGGCUGCAGCUGUGGGACAUCGCCGGCCAGGAACGGUAUGGCAACAUGACCCGGGUGUACUACAGGGAGGCCGUUGGGGCGCUGGUGGUGUUCGACAUGACCAGAUCCUCCACGUUUCAGGCCGUCCUCAAGUGGAAAGGAGACCUGGACUCGAAGGUCGCCCUGAGCAAUGGGAGGCCGGUUCCAGUCGUUCUAUUGGCUAACAAAUGUGACCAGCGUCGUCACGGUUUGUGCCCCAAACUGCCCAAACUGGAGAACUUCUCUCAGCAGUACGGCUUCGUCGGCUGGUACGAAACCUCGGCCAAGGACAACACCAACAUUGACGCCGCCAUCACAUGUUUGGUGAAGAACAUCAUGCUGAUAGAAGAAGAGAAAACCCUGACCGAGGCGUCCAUCGAACCAGACGACGGCAUCAUAGUUCUGCCUCACUUCGACUACAACAUGAAGGAGAAGAGACUCGACGGAUGUUCAGGUUGCUCCUCGAUUAAACCCAAACGUGGAGACGACUGAAGCAGGAGAGGAGAGAUGAUUUAAGGGAUGUAGCCUAAAGUUGCAUCUUUUCCUUCCUCACUCACUUCUUUGUGUUUCAUCAGAUAAUUUGAUGGAAACUGUUUUUUUAAUUCCAAAACAAAAACAUUUCAAUAUGAAAUCUCUUUCUCUCUGUGGAGGAUAAAACUAUUUUUUCAACCAACUGGCUUAAAAGUUUGCUACGUCGCCUCAAAAGUCUUUUACGGAGGUCUUGACUUCCAUCCGAAUUCCGUUCUUACGACGCAAUGAAACACAAUUUCUUCGUAAGUUGGAACUCACAUAUGUACAUGAGUGGCGUACAACUGACAAUUGUUACCAAAGUGGUCUUCUUCAUAUACGACGUAUUCGUCUGCUCCGCUCGCAAACUAGUUCCCACGCAAAAUUAGUUUUAACAUCGCAAAAGCCGUACGAUGGAAUGAUGGAACAAGACUUUGUUAUUUAUAGGAGAUGGCAACGUAACCACAAAACGUUGUAGGUUGAGGACAUCGUAAACCGAGGACCUGUUGCAUUUGGAACAUGUGGAAACAGGCAGUUUCUGAUUUGAAAGAAAAACUCAACUUAGAAGAGAGGAUUUGAUGAAGAUGAAGGACAUUUGUCACAUUUGAGAAAAGCCGCUUCGCUCUGUCCAUAACUGCUUCUAAAAUUAUCCUGUACAUCGAGCGUUUUGUAUUUAAAGUAAAUCUCCUUCUGUAUUUAUCACAGAAUGCUCCUGAUUUAUUUAUGGAAUUUGUAAAACAUAAUUACUAACCUAAAUUGGUUCCGUUGUGUUGUCUGCUUCAGUUUUUCUUCAGUUACGGAAGAUCUGUUCAGUGUUAAAGGAGUUUUUUGACCAAUGGUGGCGCUAUUGAGCUAAUAAAGUUUUCACAAAAACAA